UCUUAUGGCCACACAAAAGCAAAACCUUUGUAGAAAAAAACAAAAAAACCCACUUAUUAGUAAUGUUGAAUUAGCAAAACAAUAUGGUAUUGGGAAAUCAACUGUAACCGAUAUUUUAAAUGAAAAGGAUCAAAAUGCAUUUAGUCUUUGGGUUAAUAAUGCAUUGAUUAUAAAUCAAGAUAUUGACGGUGCAAUUCUCAAAUUAAAGGCAAAUUCUUUUGCUGAAAAAUUAAAUAUUAACAAUUUUAACCAAUCGAAAGAUGAAAAAGCAAGCACACCUUCUGCUGAAUCAAUUGCCAAUGAUCAUAAUGAAAUUGAAGGUGGAAUUACGAAUGAGGAAAUUUUGAAGGCAGUAACUGAUGAGAAUGAAGAAGAAAAUGAACCUGUUAAUAGUGAAGUUAUUGAAUUAGAAAAAGUUAGCAGCAAUGAAGCAGAAAAAGCUGUGAACACGAUUUUAAGGUUUUUGCUUGAGCAGGAAGCAGAAUUUGGUGAAAUCGAAGAUGAAGUAAGGAUUUUAAGAAGUUUGCAUAGAAGAAUUAGACUAAGUUUUAUUAAAAAUCUUAAGCAGGUAGAACUUGGCCACUACUUUAUGAACUAA